GAGAAGAAGCGACGGCUAACGGACAGAAAAAGAAGAGAGAUGGCUCAGAGAAGAACCAGUGGAACCAACCUCUUCAUGACAGUGUUGUGUGUGGUGGCGAUGUGCAGAGCCGUCCCCGUCAACGAGCUGCUCGAGCGAGCCUCUCAGCACUCUGACAAACUGCACACGCUCAGCACGACGCUCACCCAGGAGCUGGACUCUCACUUCCCUCCUAUAGGCAGGGUGAUCAUGCCGCGUCCCGCAAUGUGCCACACCUCCUCUCUACAGACGCCCGUUGACAAGGACCAAGCACUUCAAGUAUCGGAGUCAGAUUUGAUGUCCCUGGCUCGCUCCCUCCUCCAAGCCUGGUCGGACCCUCUCGUCCUCCUGUCCUCCUCCGCUAGUGCCCUGCCUCACCCAGCACAAAGCACCAUAUUCAACAAGAUCCAGGAGAUGCAGCAGUACUCCAAAAGUCUCAAGGAUGGUCUUGAUGUACUAUCUAGCAAGAUGGGUUCAUCUGCUCAGGCCAUCACUUCACUGCCCUACCGAGGAGGCACCAACCUCGGCCAGGACAAGAUUACCAAGUUGAUCAACUUCAACUUUCUGCUGUCCUGCCUCCGUCGGGACUCUCACAAGAUUGACAGCUUCCUGAAAGUCCUGCGCUGCCGGGCAGCAAAGAUGCAACCAGAGAUGUGCUGAAGAGUGGGUGUCCAGCCUGACUCUGUGGGGAGAUUGUUUGGAAAGCUUGUAUUGCCUAUAGAAUUAUACACGGUACUAUAUUCCUACCUGCUGAUUAGUUUUGCAACACGAGGAUAAGGAGGAGUUAUAAGUUACAAAAACACAUAAAAAUCGACCUUCUUGCUCCAUUUCUCAGUGUGUAUGUAUAAAUUAAAGCUGCUUUCAGCUGUUGCCUUAUUCUCAAGGGGUUACCACAGUGGAUCGCUCCACUUGUUUAAUUGUGUUUUAUGCUGGAUGGCCUUCCUGAUGCAGUUUGUGUCUCCUUCUGGGAUUAUGCCAGGAGAUCUUUUGCUUGUUUAUGCUCACGUGUAAACCUUUACACUAUGGAGGAUUGUUAAAUAGUAGCCUUAAAGGUUAACAGAUUUAAAGUAUAGGAAGGGGAGCUGCAGGCUGUUGUCCGACCUUAGUAAUGUGUCAUUGUCUUGAUGGAGCACCUUUCCAUUGUGAUUUCCAGCUGGCCUGGCAUUAUGAAGUGACCAGACAGUGGUCAGGAGUGGAAGCAAAUCAAUGUGUCAACCUGUGACUCCUCCUCAUCCUUUUGUUGUGUUAAAGCAUUGUCCCCACAAAGUCCUACUACUAAUGGAGAAUGUUUUCUUCCUAACUAAUGCUUAAUUAACUGCAGCAUUUGCACUUUAGAUUAAAUGACAUCUUUUAAAAAGCAUUGUUACCUUAGUGCCUUUUAACUGAACUGUUUCUUUUAAAUCUGUAUUUCAUUAAAGUU